CCCCCCGGAGGAUUGUGUUGAGGACAAACACAACAACAAACAUAUAACAUUCCGACAGGAUGGUCUUUCGGAGCUCCACCUCCCUAAUUGGCCUCCUGUCCCUCCUCUUCCUCCUCUCCGUCUCCUCCGCCAUUCGCCUCGGCCUUGUCCGCCGUCCUUCCCCGGAGCUCCCUCUCUUCCGGGAGGCCCCUGCCUUCCGCAACGGCGAGGACUGCGGCUCCUCGCCUUCCGCCACCAUUAACGUAGCCAUGACCCUGGAUACUAACUAUCUUCGUGGCACCAUGGCCGCGGUGCUCUCCAUGCUUCAACAUUCAACGUGUCCCGAGAACCUGGCCUUCCACUUCCUCUCCUCCCAUGACGACCCUCCCGAACUCUUCUCCAGCAUUUUGUCUACCUUCCCUUACCUCAAGAUGAAGAUUUACCCGUUUGACUCCAACAGGGUCCGCGGCAAGAUAUCCAAGUCCAUUCGACAGGCCUUGGACCAGCCCCUGAAUUACGCCAGAAUAUACCUGGCCGAUACCAUACCAGAAAACGUGAAACGUGUGAUAUAUUUGGACUCUGACCUGGUGGUGGUUGACGACAUAGCCAAGCUUUAUGGUGUUGAUAUGAAAGGAAAAGUCGUGGCUGCGCCGGAAUAUUGUCAUGCAAACUUCACGCUGUAUUUCACGGAUAAUUUUUGGUCGGACCCGGUUCUUGCCAAGACGUUCAGGGGAAGGAAGCCGUGCUAUUUCAACACGGGGGUGAUGGUGAUGGACGUGGACACGUGGAGGAAGGAGAGGUACACGGAGAAGGUGGAGGAGUGGAUGGCGGUGCAGAAACAGCAGAAGAGGAUCUAUCAUUUGGGGUCUCUUCCGCCGUUUCUGUUGGUUUUGGCGGGGAACAUAAAAGCGGUUGAUCAUAGAUGGAACCAGCAUGGUUUGGGUGGAGAUAACUUCGAAGGAAAAUGUAGAAGCCUGCACCCUGGGCCCAUUAGUUUGUUGCAUUGGAGUGGGAAGGGUAAACCCUGGUUGAGAUUAGAUUCUAGGAAGCCAUGCAUAGUGGACCAUCUAUGGGCUCCUUAUGAUCUAUAUCGAUCCUCUAGACACUUUUUUGAAGAAUAGAACCAACCAUCCAUAUAUAAACCAGGGGAUUCAAGUAUUUCUUUCAAUCAGAGAGAGAGAGAUCGAGAGAGAGGGGUGCUGCCGGAUAAUAUCAUCAUUAUUUUUUUUUCAGUUUUCUAACUCAAAUUUGGCUGACCAGAAAGGAACCAGCUAAAACCUCCAUCAUCGUAGGAAGCAGUGGAGUUGUAAAUUCAUUUUUUUUCCUUUCUUUGGUUCAGUAUUCUUUUAUUCUUUUUUUUUUUUUUGGUUCGUAUUGAUCUUAGAAGCAUCACAAUAAUAUACAAAUUAUGCUGAUUAGUGUAAAACUCAGAAAAUUGUGUAUUGGUUGGGUUAAUGCUAACAGUUCAACUUUUUGCAAAACAGUACGUCCGUACCCAAUUUUGGUGUGAUAUGAUUCACUGUAAUUUCA